CAACGCAGCGGUUCGGCCACGUCCCCAGAAUGAGGCCUGCCAUCCUGCUCGCGCUGCUGGCUGGCCUGGCGGCCGCCUCGAGUGGACCGUGGGGGGCGAGGCACGCGCCCCAGCCGCCGGCGCAUCUCGUCUACCGGUACGCGGCUGGCCUGCCGCAGGACUUGGAGAGCACGGGUUCGACCCUGGUCAGCGCGAACAGCGCGCCAGACGAACAGGAUGUGCGUCGAUACUCAGUCGGCGGCGGCGGCGUGCUGCGACGCCACGGCGAGCACGCCGAGCACGCCGAGCACGCCGAGCACGCGGAGGGCGGGGAUGAGCAGCUGGAGGAAGUGACGGCGCCAGUGCGGCCCCGUCGGCCGCCGCGCAGGCGCCAACGCCAGGGGACCACUGAGAAGCAGACGCCACAGUACCCGGUGCUGGAUUUCGCCGAAGCGGUCAUCAAGCGGUACAGAAUGCUCGGAUGCGCGAACAUGUGGCGCGGUGACAACAGCGUGGCCACGCUGCACCGCUGCGCCGCCGCCUCGGCCGAGACCUACGUACAGCAGCUCCAGCAGCAGGCGGCGGCCCUGGCCGAACACUCGAGGGCCGCCAGUGUCCCCUCAGGGGGUGGCCGACGGCAGAGUUGA